AUGGACACAAAAUUAAAAAGUGAAGAUAAUUAUAUUAAAGCAUUAAUAACACUUGAAAAAAAGACCAUAGAACAAUCUAAUAAUGAAAGUGAAGAUUUAGAAUCCGAUUUUGAAAUUCAGGAAAUUCCUCUAAUUAAAGAAUCCGUUGAAAAAAAUGAACCAGCAUUUAAACUUGAUCCUACUUUAAACUAUAAAUAA